GGUUUUGCCUCUUCUGCUUCCCCAAUUUGUUCAGACAAAAAUCUUCUUAUAUAUAACAUUCGUAUAGGCGCAAUAGAUAUUGGGGCGGUAUAUAUUUUGUGGAUAGAUAUUCUUUGUGCUUGAGAUCGGUUGGUUUGGGUCUGAUGGCGAUGGAAUUUACCCGCAAGAGAGACAAUCCAAACGAUACAUUUGAAGGCAAUGGAGGGCUUAAGAAAUCAAAGCAAGAAAUGGAGUCCUUUGGAACUGGUGUAAGAAGCAAAUUAAAGCCAUGCUUGAAGUUUUUCAGCACAUCGGGAUGCUCAUUUGGUGACGGGUGUCAUUUCCUGCACUAUGUUCCUGGUGGCUACAGGGCAGUUACGCAGAUGACAAACCUGGGGGGGAAUCCUGUUCCUUCUGCAAGAAACCCUGUUGGGCCGCCACCUUUUGCUGAUGGUCCAGCUCCUCCUGGGAAGACUAAGCUUUGCAAAAAAUUCAACACUCCAGAGGGUUGUAAGUUCGGUGACAAAUGCCAUUUUGCGCAUGGGGAGCUGGAGCUGGGUAGGCCCGGUAGGCUAUCUGGACAGUUUGAGCCACUGCAAUCUGGUCUGCCUGCUGCGGCCAACUUCGGUGCAUCAGCUACAGCAAAAAUCAGCAUAGCUGCAUCGCUGGCAGGUGCUAUCAUUGGAAAGGGUGGAAUGAACUCGAAACAAAUUUGUCGCAUAACUGGUGUCCGGCUUUCAAUAAAGGAUCACGAUUCAGAUCCAAAUCAAAGAAACAUUGAGCUUGAAGGAACCUUUGAUCAGAUCAAAGAGGCUAGCUCCAUGGUGCGCCAGUUUAUAAUGAAUGUUGGUGCUGUCAAGCCAGCUCUGGCUGGUUCUGCUGGCAGCUACAAGACGAAGAUGUGCGAGCAUUAUGCCAAGGGCUCGUGCACUUACGGGGAAAGGUGCCAUUUUGUUCAUGGAGUUGGUGAUUCAUCCAACCCACUGGCUUGAGCAUUUUAUUAAUUCUAAAGAUUUUUCGGUAGAUAUGGGAAUAUAGUUUGUUUUUGAGAUUUUGGAAGAAUACCUUAUUGUUGUACUAAGGUUUAGUAGGUCUUGAGUUACAUUUCCUUUCUCCGGUAAUGAUUUCCAACCCUCUCUAAAUCCUUUAUGGGAUAACAUCGUUUUCUUUC